AUGCAAACACCUGGGCAUGACCCUCACGAUACCGAUGUUCGUGAUCUCGAGAAGACGGGCGACCAUGCUACCCAUCGUGAGUGGCAGGACCGCACGCCGCCCAGUGAAAUUGAGAAGGGCGAGCAAUUGGCUCUGGCUCCAACAGUCAGCAGAGGGCCAACUGUUCAUGAGAAGAUGAAUGGCAAGCUCUUCAUGACCCUGCUGUGCAUGUCCUUCCUAUGGAUCGGCUCGCAAAUUCCACUGUUUUUGUUUGGUUCCGUACUGCCUCUCAUCUACAACGACAUCGGCGGUGUAGAUAAAUGGGUUUGGUUCGUUAUUGGUUACCUCAUUCCUAAUGCCGCCCUCUGUCCGUUUGUGGGUGCGCUUUCGGAUUUGUUCGGUCGCCAGAAGGUCGCCAUCGUUGGACAGGUGUGUCUCAUCGUGGGUCCCAUCAUCACUGCAACAGCGAACUCGAUGAGCAUUGCUAUUGCUGGCAAUGUCUUCUCCGGAAUCGGUGCUGGUCUUAACGAACUCAUUGCGCUCGCUGGAACAGCUGAGGUUGUGCCCGUCAAGGACCGUGGCAAGUACGUCGGUCUCGUCGUCUUGACCAUUCUGCCCUUCUGCCCUUCGGUGCUGUACGCUCAGCUCAUCGCUAGAGCUAGUAACUGGCGCUACAACGGUAUCCUCGUUGGCAUCUGGAACUUUAUCGGUCUUCUCCUCUGCGUGUUCUGCUACCAUGAUCCUUCUCGACUUACUGCCGAGUACACUGCAACCCACGUCCUCAAACGUAUCGAUUAUAUUGGUGGUGUUCUCAGCAUUGGUGGUAUCACUUGCUUCAUGAUGGGUCUGCAGUGGGGCGCCUCUCAGUAUGUUUGGGGAAGCGUGCACAACAUUGUGCCCCUCGUUAUUGGCCUUGUAAUGAUCGGUGCCUUUUUCGUGUGGGAAUUCUUCGCUUCGCAUCCCAUGGUUCCGCGUGCAUUAUUCAAGAAAGCCAAGAAAACUAUGAUCAUCAUUCUUUUAAUCACCUGGCUCAGCGGUGGAAACUUUUUCGUCUUGCUGCUCUUCUGGCCUACACAGAUCUACAACGUCUAUGGCAAGUCGAGUAACGACCCGAUUGGUGUUGGUAUUCGAUCCCUUCCCAUCGGAUUCGGUAUCAUUGUUGGCGCCGCAAUCUGUUUGAUUCUCAUUCCAGUCACCAAGGGUCGCAUCCGCUUGUUGCUCCUCUUCUUCACGGCCGUGAUGACUGCUGGCACCGGUGCCAUGUCCAUCUCAGCACCACAAAACCUCAACACCAUGUACGGCCUUGUCACUCUAGCAUCUCUCGGUGUCGGAGGUGUUAUUAUCCCGUGUUCCAUCAUAGCUCAAAUCGCCUGUCCAGAUGAGCUUAUCGCUACAGUGACCGCCAUCACGCUCAGUUUGCGUUAUGUUGGUGGUGCUAUCACAUUUGCAGUAGCCUCCAACCUCUUUUACCACAAGGUCACUAUCUAUGCAACCGAGAUCGUCGCUACAAAGACUAUCGCUGGAAACGCCAUUGUCAAUCCAUUUAGAGCUGAAGGGUUGGCGCUUAUCAAGCACAUGACGGAGCUUGUCGCAAACGCUCAGUUCGACCAGCUGCGCGAGGUUCUUGCGACAAACCCUUUGGUUCUGAACAGGAACGCCUAUGACCUUAUUAUCGCGAGCGCGCAGGAAGCCUUUUCACUUGCAUAUCGAUGGCCAUACUGGAUUUCCAUCGCGUUCGGAGGAGCUUGUUUUAUUUUGAGUAUUUUUGUUGGUGACAUUGGUGCUCUUCUGGAUAACCACAUUGCUGCUGCUGUCUAA